AUGAAGCAAAAAGUGAAGGAGAAGACAGGCCGCUCGAAAGCCACAACGUGAGUUUGGCCCCCUCCAAACCGGCGAGACGAUUAGCGUCGACUUUUCAGUCUUCCUGAAGACGUCGAAGGCUCGAUCAGCUUCUUCAAAGCGCUGCAGCCACGUGUCAAGGACCUGCACAAACACAUGAACGACCUGAACGACGUGUUCAAGUGGCACAAGAAGGCCAACUUUCUGAGCCCGCUCGCGAAUCUCGGGCGGCUCGGCGACAAGGUCGACGUGAAGCCGUUCGAGGAGGCCGUCAACGCGAGACAGGCGGCCGAGGCCGACUCGCAGAAAGGAGUGAGUCGACCACCACCGCCACCACCGCUUUUUUCAUUUUCAGCUGGGCAACGAGAUCGACAAGUUCAAGGCGUACUUUCAAAACGACUGCAAGCUGCAGCAGGAGUGCAUCGCCGCCGUCAAUCGCACCCGUUUGGAUAUGGACAGCGCAAACAGCACGUACGUCGGAAACGAGACGGAGGCGAACAAGAUGCGCGCCGACGCGGCCACCAAAGAGUUCGAGGCGGCGUGUGCCAGGUGAGCGAGUGUCGCACAGUCUCCUCAGAGCUGACAAUGGGCGCGCAAGUGCGCCCCGCCCAAUUAGAGUGAUACAUUGGCGCGAAAUUCAAAUUUUAACAGCAAAAUUUGUGUUUUUUGCGAGAUUAGCUACGAAAAACCAAUAAUCUCUCGUUUGACUUUCGAUAGACCGAUUGUAUAGGCUAUUACGAAUUUUUUAAGCGUAAGAGCGUUAAAUUUGGUCAAGUCGCACAUCACAUUUAUUCGUUUGAACGUUUUUGGCUAAAACUGCGUGAAUUUUAGUUGCUUUUCGGUAGUUUUCGCGGUUCGAGCGCUCAAAAUGCUUGUAUUUACGUGAUUUAUCAUUCUCAAAACCAAUUCUGUCGGAAAACGGUCAAGAAAGCGCAAAAUGAGAAGUGCGGCGAUCGGCGGCGAAGGCGAAGAAGCAAAGUCCGCGAAAAAUGCGCCAAAACGUCAUUAAUUCUGAGAAUUAGUGUGUUUUCAUGCCAAACAAUCAUUUUUCAUCGCCGUUGACCACAAAAAUCUGAAAAAAACCUGCUCAAUUCAUGAAAACGCCAUUUGGCCGCCGAGGCCACGCCCAUAUUGACAGCUCUGGAGACCGUGUGUCGUAGAAUCUGAAGAAUUGUCAGUGAACACGCGUGUGAUUGCAGAGUGCGCGAACUCAUCAACGGAAUCAAAGACCUCGAGGCGAACCAUUCGGCGUGGAUGGACUCGAUCAUCAAGGAAAUGAAGGUGGCGUUCCGCAAGUGA